ACUCCACUGGAAGGUCUACCGGAAUUUCCCCAAAAUGCUUCGGAAAUCCUCCCCGAUAGUUUCGGUUUUCACUUGUCCUUUUCAAUGACGUGACGCUCUCUCUUUGGGGGAAAAUAAUAAGGGAGUGGACUUUUACUUUCAAUAUCAUUCGCACUCUUUUGACUUUGGGCUCAGCCGUCUGCUUACAAGACCCAGGCUACUAAAAAUAAUGUUUUUCUCCGACAUAUUUUUGGUUGUUUCUUUGAUGACCUUUCUGCGGGACUUCCAUGUGUCCAGCUGUGAUCCCAACUGUACAGAUAAACCUGAGUUCACUCCAACCAGUCUGGUAGUGAAGUAUGGUGACCCAACCUUUGCCAGCUGCUCUCUAUGUCAGCAUGCUUGCCUCGACAACAAAACCAUUUCUAAUGUGGAGAGCCCUGUUGGAGACUCAGCAAAAAACGGAACCACAAUUUUAUGGACGGUUGACAGACUGACUGAAUGGCACAUGUCUCCCAUUUGCUAUUAUAGCAAUGGUAAUGGUUACCAGUGUUGUAGCACCCUGAAUGUAACUGUGUACCAGCCUCCAGACAGAGUGUCCAUCAGCUUUGUUAAUCACACUGGGCCGAUGUUUGAGGGUCAUCAGUACACUCUGCAGUGUACAGUACAGCACGUUGCUCCUGUUGAAAACCUCGUUGUGACUUUCUACAGAGGACAGACAGCGCUGGGUCAACCUCAGUCCAACAACAACAUAGAGAAGAAACCAGUGAAUGAGAGCUUCUCUUUAAACAUCACACCCAGUAAAGAAGAUGAUGGAGGCCAGUUCUGGUGUGAAGCAAAGCUAGAACUGGGACCUGAUGGACCACAGCUCCCUCCAGUGGUGACGUCAGAAAACAUCACUGCCACUGUGUACUAUAAGCCUCAACUAAAGUCAUCACAUUCAAAUAUCACCGUUGCAGAAGGAAACUCUCUACAACUGAACUGCUCGGCUGUGGGAAACCCCAGCCCCAUGUACACGUGGACAUCAGAUAUCCGUUCCUACUCCAGUGGCAGCGUUCUCACUAUCGACUCUGUAACGUCUGAGGAUAAAGGGCUGUACACCUGUUCUGUCAGCAACCGUGUGGGGACUGUCACUGUGACAUUUAAUGUUGAUGUCAAAGUAAGCUACAUGGGACUCAUUAUAGGUGUGAUUGCAGCAGUUGCUGUUCUGGUUGUCAUCUCUGUAAUAAUUGGAUACUUAUUUUUCUACAAAUCCAAUCGGAUGGGACAAUACAACUUGAAGGACGUUUUCCGCUUGCACACAAAACACUCUGCCGUGCCCUCUGUGGAGUAAGCCUGCGGUACGGCAUGAAAUGUGUAUGGGCUGGUUGGAUUUAGCUCUCCCUCAUUUCCUGUCAUGUCUCUACUGAAGCUGUCUAAUGACAUAAAAUGCCACUAAUCAUAAAAAAAGGAGUCUCUGUCUUGUAAAGCACCUUGUUACACUUAUUACACUGCUUCUCCAUGUUUAUUUCUCACUCUGAAAACAUGACCCAAUGACUGAAAAUGUCUGGGUGGGUCAUAAAGAGGCAGAAGAUGUAAAAACAAAACAAAACAAUAAACAGUUUGCUAAGGGAAAUGGGAAACUAGAUUCAUGUCAACAAGUCAAUAUUAUGUGGUGCUUAUUCGGCCAAUUUUGGCUUAAACAUCCAGUGUGGUUGUUUUAUUGUUUCUCUCUGUUGUAUUUCAGUUGUGUUACUGCAAAGAACUUCAGAUGUGUUGUGUAUAUAUAAAGCUUAAGAGUAGUAUGUGAAAUUGCUCACAUUGACCUUCACAGUUGUGUGUUAACCCACUGAAAAUGUGUGCCUGACUUCAUUUCAACCCAUAGACAGAGCAACAGUUUCCUGUUUCCAGUUUCCGUGUGAAUGUGCAUGUAUUUGUUUUGUACAUUUGUGUGUAUUUAUGUGUGUGUGUGUGUGUGUGUGUGCUGUAUUGAUGUUAGUGACACUGAAAAAGAGGAAUGUAUACAAGCAACUGUAUAAUAAUGAACUGCUCACUGGAACUUUAAUAAGGAAAUGUAAGGUUUUAUCACGUUUAUUAUUUUGUUUUUUAAAUAAAUGACACUUUGUUCAUGCUCAA